UACUUGAAAAGAUACAAAUGAAAUAGUGUAAAAUAUAGAGUCAUGAUUCCCAUUGUUGUUAAACUAAGUACUGUAUCUUAAAAAAAACUACCUCCUUUAUCCUUGUAUGUUUACUUCCCACCUUAAGCGGUGCAUGUCUAUUGCUAUAUUUGGCAUCUGUUACAUUUCCACAUUCAUUGUAUAUACCUAUCCUACCAUUAAUGCAGAAAAUAAUCUUCCAAAGCUUAAAUACCUGCUUCUGUAAUAACUUUUCUCUGCCGCAACUCUUCAUCUCUAAUUUAAUUUUAGAAAGAAAAGCAUUACCCUUAUCCCUUCCCUUCAUAAUUAUCCUCAAUAUUGGAUACUGCAUAAACCAAUUUUCUGAUGCUCUAGUUUUGUUAACUCACAUCACCUUUAUGUUUUACAUCUUAAAUCCCAGAGUGGAUGAUGAUGAUGAUGAUGAUGAUGAUGAUGAUGAUGCUUAUUAUUCUUAAUAACAUUUGGUGCUUGAGGGAAAAGAUCUUGUUUACAUUUUAAAAACAUACCAGAUUUUUUUUUCAUACAUCUAAAUUUGUUGUGACUUUCAGCUUGGGAUUCAUUUAGGCCUAUCGUUCAUUUUGAGAACCUGCAACGUUUACAUUUCUGAGACACAUACAAAAUUGCACUUUUCAUAUCAAGAAAUCAUUCUAGCUGUAUAGGAGGGAGAAUCAAGACUAGCUGUGCAUUAGGAAAGGCACCAAUUUUUUCAGUGUUUCCCCCAUGUUAAGAUUAAUAUUGAUUUUAAUCCAUUGGGAAGCCAAUAGACAUAUCUUUCUUUUUAAAAAAAUAAUUUUAUAAACUUGACAGCAAGUUUCUAAACAUGAGUGCCCAGCCUCCAACAGCAGAUAAGGGACUGAAUACAGCUCUUUUGUGCCAGGAAAGUUAUGCUUGCAGUGGCACCGAUGAAGCAAACUUUGAGUGUGAUGAAUGUGGAAGCCUCCAGUGCCAGCGGUGUGAGGAAGAACUGCACAGACAAGAAAGACUACGAAACCAUGAACGGACCCGAAUUAAAGCAGGCCAUGUCCCGUACUGUGACACUUGCAAGGUUACCAGUGGGAACAUCAUGCAAAGCAAUAGUGCAAGCUCCAGACAGAGGGCAGCAGUAAGGUGCCAAGCAUGCAAAAUUAACCUAUGUGUAGAGUGUCAGAAGAGGACUCAUGCUGGUGGAAACAAGAGGAAACACCCCAUUACUGUAUACCACUGUAGCAAAUCUCAGGAGCAAGAGGAGGAGGAGGGGAUGGAUGAGGAGGCCAAGAGGAAGAAGAUGACUGAAAAUGUUGUAAGCUUCCUGUUGGUGGAUGAAACUGAAGAGAUCCAGGUGGAAAAUGAAGAAGAAUUUAUCAGGAAACUGGACUGCAAGCCUGACCAACAUGUAAAGGUGGUAUCUAUUUUUGGGAAUACAGGCGAUGGCAAAUCUCAUACACUUAAUCACACUUUCUUCUAUGGUCGUGAGGUCUUUAAAACAUCACCAGCCCAGGAGUCUUGUACAGUAGGUGUCUGGGCAGCCUAUGAUCCUGUUCACAGAAUGGUGGUGAUUGACACAGAGGGUCUUCUUGGAGCCACUGUGAACCUAAGUCAGAGGACCCGGUUGCUUCUGAAGGUCUUGGCCAUUUCAGACCUCAUUAUCUACCGCACUCAUGCCGACAGACUUCAUAAUGAUCUUUUCAAAUUUCUUGGAGAUGCAUCAGAGGCCUAUCUAAAACACUUCACCAAGGAGCUAAAGGCAACCACAGCCCGUUGUGGUCUAGAUGUUCCACUGUCUACUUUGGGUCCAGGAGUCAUUAUCUUCCAUGAGACUGUAUACACACAGUUACUGGGUGCAGAUCACCCUUCUGAGGUGCCUGAGAAGCUGAUCCAGGACCGAUUCCGGAAACUUGGUCUAUUCCCUGAAGCCUUCAGCUCAAUCCAUUACAAAGGAAUAAGGACACAGAAUCCCCCAACAGAUUUCUCUGGGCUCAGGCACGCUGUGGAGCAGCAGUUAGAAAACAAUACUACACGUUCCCCUCGGCCUCCUGGUGUUAUCUACAAAGCACUCAAAGCAUUGAGUGAUCGGUUCUGUGGGGAGAUCCCAGAUGAUCAGAUGGCCCACAGUUCCUUCUUUCCAGACGAGUAUUUCACCUGUUCUUCUGUUUGCCUCAGUUGUGGAUCUGGAUGUAAGAACAGCAUGAACCAUGCAAAAGAAGGGGUGCCUCAUGAAGCUAAGAACCGCUGUAGAUAUACCCAUCAGUAUGAUAACCGAGUAUUUACCUGCAAGGCCUGUUAUGAACGUGGGAAUGAGGUCAGGGUGGUGCCCAAAACAUCUGCUUCUACUGAUUCCCCUUGGAUGGGCCUUGCCAAGUAUGCCUGGUCAGGGUAUGUGAUCGAGUGCCCCAACUGUGGAGUUGUGUACCGUAGCCGACAGUACUGGUUUGGGAAUCAAGAUCCUGUGGACACGGUUGUGAGGACAGAAAUAGUGCAUGUUUGGCCGGGAACCGAUUGCAGUCUGAAGGACAACAACAAUGCUGCCCAGCGUCUCAUAGAUGGAAUGAAUUUCAUGGCUCAGUCAGUGUCUGAAUUGAGCUUGGGACCCACGAAAGCUGUGACCUCUUGGCUGACUGAUCAGAUUGCUCCAGCUUACUGGAAACCCAACUCCCAGAUUCUGAAUUGCAGGAAGUGUGGCAUAUCUUUUAAAGAUAAUGAUACCAAACACCAUUGCCGGGCAUGUGGAGAAGGUUUCUGUGAUGGUUGUUCAUCCAAGACCUGCCCUGUCCCUGAACGUGGCUGGGGACCCACACCUGUGCGAGUGUGUGACAGCUGCUUUGAUAGCAGGGGCAUUCAGUUAGGUAAUCCUGACCUGACAAUAUUAGAUGUGCCUGAGGCUCCAACAGAUGAAGAAGGAGGAACAGUGAUAGCCAGGAAGGUUGGUGAAGCAGUACAGAAUACUCUUGGGGCUGUUGUAACUGCCAUUGACAUCCCACUGGGUCUUGUGAAGGAUGCGGCUAGACCUGCCUACUGGGUUCCCGACCAUGAAAUCUUACACUGCCACAACUGCCGGAAGGAAUUCAACAUCAAGCUGUCAAAGCACCACUGUCGUGCCUGUGGUCAGGGUUUCUGUGACGAAUGUUCCCAUGAGCGCAGAGCUGUCCCUUCCCGUGGCUGGGAUCAUCCUGUCAGAGUCUGCUUUAAUUGCAAUAAAAAGCCUGGUGAUCUUUAACCCCAUGGGCUUUUCUGGAUCCUCCGUAACAGCUUAGCUUCUCAGGGUUAGACAAAAGAACAGAACAAAACAAAACAAAAAUCACUGCUUUUAACUUUUUCUAGUCAGAGUGCAUGCUCUUGGAUCUCUGGGCUCUUUUUCAAGUGUGGAUUUCAAUAAGAUUGCCGAAUGACGAAGAGCCAAGACAAGGCCUGAUUUCAAACCAAUCCUAACAGUUCGGAUGUGCAGAGAAGCUUGAGAAAGAUGAGGAAUCCAUAAUCUAGUGUAUUAUAUACCAGUUAAAAGUAUGUAAUCUCUAUCUGUAUAAUAUAGUAUGCUAAGAAUGCAUCUAGUUGCUGAUGAAGCAUUGAUGAUUUACAGUUUAACAUUAAAGCAAAGGUGUGUGGAACUGUUUUUGAAGUGAAAUGGGUCAACCACACUGCCUCAUGAGUGCCUUGGAAUUCCUUUGUGUGAAGCAUUUGACUGCUUACGGCAUCAUAGGUUUGGAAAGCCUUCUAUUCCAGAGUCUGCAGUUUGGGGGAAAACACAUUGUUUGGGGUCCCUGAUUUUGGAUGGGGAAUCCCAGGCCUCUGAGUCUGGCUGUUUGUAACACCAUUCAUAUUUAUUUCCCCCCAAUUUGUUUUGUUCAUUUGUAGGACAAAAUCCAGAGGAAAUAAGUUUUCCCAGGGCUGAAAACAGCCAGAGGAAUUAAUAAGAAUAUCUUGUCUUUAUUCAGCAUUGCUCUGUAUACGCCGUAAUAAACUAGUGCUAUUGUGGGAAAAUAUGCUAGUUUGGUUAUCUUAGAAUGACCCUGGGCUAAAUACAGAAGUUUAAUGAAAAACAAACAACAGGGAACAACAGCCAAAGGUAGUCUGCUAACAGCUAUUUUAACUACACAUUGAUCUGAUGAGGCCUUAUGCCACUUGUCCACAUUUCCAUGCUUCAUUUUUCUUUUGGUGGACUCUCAUUUCUUCACACAAACCUUCAAUAGUAUGGAUCAGGAAAGCUCUCAUACCAUGUAGUGUAGUCAUUGCUUAGCAUCUUAGUAUAUAAAUUGACUUAAGUUUAAUUCUUAGAGGUGUCUGCGUGAACCACCCUUCAAGUACUCAAAUAAAGUAAACUGGAAAAUGCCAGUGUCCUCUUGAAAAGCAUAUGACACUGAGGCAUUAUUCUUUUUCAAAUAGUCCUGCACUGAACCCCUUUGAAGCAUAAAUCAAACUACUAAAAGAAAUUGUAGCAUUGCACUUUUCUGUAGUUUUUGGUUUCCAUGAUAACAAGCAAGAGGCUGUCACAAGCUAAAUUGGAUUGAAGAAUGAAUCCUUUCCUCCUUUCAGCUCCUAUGAGUAUGGCACAUUCCUUUGGCAAAGAUUGGUCUUCACUCAAAACAGUUGGAGUUUGGCAUGUUAAUCUGGGCACUGUUGUUUCUUCCAACUAUGAAUUAUAUAUCCUUGAUAUAAAUUCCUCUUUUGAACUGUAUUAUUAAAUUAAGUGCUGUAGAGGACUAUCCCUCCUGAACAAGAGUGCUGAUCUUCUGUGUACCUUCCUGAUCAUGCCUUGUCACUGGAAGUAAGAGACAGUUUCUGGCAUGCAUGCCAAAAGAUGAACUGGAUUAUGUAAUACUGAAUUCCUGCUAUCUGAAUCCCAUAUGGAUUAGGAUAUAUUUUGUAAUUAGAAGCUGAUAAUUUUUUUCAUGGGAUAGAGGUAGGGCAAAAGUCCUCUUGUAGAGAUUUUUCAGCCUAGGUACUGCACUUUGAAGUGUUUUUAUUUCUGACUCUGUGGUGGAAAUGGAAUUGUUUGUAGUCCAUGCCCUGUGUGUUGUCCCAUGCAUGUAGCUACUCUUGCCAUGUUACUGCACAUACAGAAACCUUCCCUAACAUUCCUUGUAUAAAAUCUUCACAUGUAAGCUUUGUUUCACUGA